UCCACUCAGAGACGUAGUGCAGUGCUUUGAAGAGUCUACAAUACAUCAGCAAUGCCUGAGAACAUUUAUGAUGAUGUGAACCACAUUAUGGAGCUUCAGUGUUCCGAGCAUGCGUCUGUGAAUACUUUUGCAAAUGCCGAUGCUCUUAAAUAUCACAAUACCAACCCCGAAAGGGAGAACAGCACCCCGACAAGGAAUCCGCAAAUUCAACACACAGGAAACAACUCUACCUGGAAAAGAUGUUACACAGUGACUGCAGUGUGUUUGGGGAUGCUGUGUGUUCUCCUGAUGACCGGCAUAAUAGUGCUGUCAAUCAAACUGAGCAACCAGUAUACAGAAUACAACCAGUUACAGACCAGAUACGACAACCAGACAAUAGAGAAAUACCAGUUACAGAUCAGAUACAACAACCAGAAAAUAGAGAAAUAUCAGUUACAGAUCAGAUACAACCAGACAAUAAAGAAAUACAAGUUACAGACCAGAUGCGACAACCAGACAAUAGAGAAAUACCAGUUACAGACCAGAUGCGGCAACCAGACAAUAGAGAAAUACCAGUUACAGACCAGAUACGACAACCAGACAAUAGAGAAAUACCAGUUACAGAUCAGAUACAACAACCAGACAAUAGAGAAAUACCAGUUACAGACCAGAUACGACAACCAGACAAUAGAGAAAUACCAGUUACAGACCAGAUACGACAACCAGACAAUAGAGAAAUACCAGUUACAGACCAAAUACGACAACCAGACAAUAGAGAAAUACCAGUUACAGAUCAGAUACAACAACCAGACAAUAGAGAAAUACCAGUUACAGACCAGAUACGACAACCAGACAAUAGAGAAAUACCAGUUACAGAUCAGAUACGACAACCAGACAAUAGAGAAAUACCAGUUACAGAAACAGAAAGAUUCAUUUCAGAUGAAAUUGACCAGUUUGGGAUGGACUUUGUUUCAGUCCAAAUUUUACUAUAUCUCAACCAAGAUGAAGAACUGGACUGAGAGCAAAGAGGACUGCAGAAAAAGAGGAGUAGACCUGGUGAUCAUAAACAGCAAAGAGGAACAGACUUUUGUGGAAGCGCUCAAAAAGAACCGUGGAAAUUAUAUUGGGCUGAGUGACCAAGAAAAAGAAGGCACUUAUAAAUGGGUGGAUGGAACUCCACUGACCACUUCGUACUGGGCAAGUGCAAAUGCCUUUACAGCUUUGGAUGACUGUGUUGUUAGUGGGUAUGAUGGAUGUAUCGGAUGGUAUGACAGACCUUGCAACGAAUCGUACUACUGGGUCUGUGAAUAAAUUUCUCAGAUAGUAACAUUACACUGUCAUUACUUACAAUUACACAUAUAGCAACUGUAACCAUAUUAUAUAAUCAAUAACAACUACAUAAUCUCCUUCGAUUAACGAAAAAUCCAGUCAGAUCCAGUUCAGAAUGAAUUUAUAUGUGAAAAACAGACAUUAUGAUUAAAUGUAUGGGACAAAUGUAACAUUUAAAUGGAAUAAAAUUUAUUUGAAUGAAAUAAAAUAUAAUAUAUACUGAAUAUUUUAACUAAAUAAUGACCAACACCCAAUGAAGAUUAUAUAAUAUAGAGUUGAGUCCAUAUUCUCUCAACAUACAGAAAAUUUGAGAAAUAAAUCAAAUAUUUUGGCCUUCAUAAUUCAGACACUAACUAAAAAAAAAAACAAUCUCUCUGAAAACGCUUUGGCAUCUGGCUGUGAAAAGUACAACUUUACCACUGGUUAUAUUUCUAAUGUAAUUCUAAUGUAUGUUUUUUGUUUGUUUGUUUUUUUGUGUUUGCAUUCAGUGUGCUGAAUAAAUCUAAACUCAUAUGUAGGUUUAAAUGUAUGUUGGGGAAUUUCACAGCAAAAUACAGUGUAUACACAGUACAAAACAUCCUUUUUCAAUUCGCACAUGUGCCGAUGGUGAAUGGUUUUAUUUACAUACUCGUGAAUAACAUAAUAAAAAUAAGUGGUGAUUAUUUGC